GCGGUCUCUGCAGUGGUCGGGACAGGCGCUGCCUUUGGUGGAGCAGGCUCUGCCUGAGGACGGACUGUCGCUCUCACAUCGUCUCCUGCCGCUGCACUCGGGUGUUCCGAUGAUGCACGUUCGGGAGCAUGCUCAACCGAUCGGCGAUCCUUCACCUCGUUCUUCGGGACCAGCGCGCCAGGACGCAUCCACGAACUCAUCUCAGUGGAGCGGCGGCAAUAGCACACCUACUCUCAACUGCGGCCAGCGCGUGACUGACGAUGGUGGCCCUGGCGGCCGCGCCCGGAACUAUUUUUACUAUCGCAACUCACUUGUUACUCGCGGAAACAAAGCGCUUCUGGCGGCCGGCGUGGAACUAAGUUGACAGCUGCGUUUCAGCUGAAGGCCUGAUAAACUGCGGGACACAGUGACGUUCACAUAGUAUGCAAACACUUAACUCCUACGCACUAACACGUAAGAGGUGGCGUGUCGGAGCUACGUUUGUGAUUAGAUUAGAUUAGAUUCAAUUUUCAUUCCAGAGAUCCAAAAAUGAGAUGAUUCUCGCAGGUGUGGAACAAGUCAGUUUCUGCAUGCCAUUCUUGACAUCCAUCAGUACGGACAAUGCUAACAAUGCCUGCAAGAAUCUCUGACAACUUCAUCACCAGAAUCUUCCAACUGCAAGGCAUCUGAAGGCAGACAGCAGAAAAAUGGCUUCACAACCUGAGCGUAGUGGUGGGUGCUAUAUGGCUGGUGAAGAUGUUGAAGUGUGUCGGAACUGUUCACCACCUGGACCACCACCUCCGACUGCCAAUUCUGCUCCGCAAAAUGUUGGGCACACACAUUCCCAUUCAGAUAUAUCAGCUACUAAUUUGAAUACUCAGCAGUUGGAAAUUGCAGUUUCUGAUGCAGUGCAUGACACCUGGUGUCCAAGCAUUGAUGACUUACCAGAUGAGAUUCUGAUAAAGAUCUUCUCUUACAUGUCUUUCAGUGAACUCGUAGAUGUGGUACAGAAAGUGUGCUCUCGUUGGAGAAGGCUAUCCCAAGAUUUGGAGUUGUGGGCUGACAAGGAGUACCAUAUUAGAGACUCGAGUGCAAUAGAUUCGGACAGCUGUAAGGGUGGCAUGACUGACCGGGAGGCAAUACAGACAUUCUGCGACACCCCAAACCUGCGAAUUGUGUGCAUGCGGCGCGGUGCCACGUCCCGUGUCUUCCGUGCUCUCUACAACAAUUGCCAGAAGCUCUCGGAGCUGCAGAUGCAUGUCACCCAAAAACUGAGCUACUCUGUGCUGAAGAAUUUGGUCGAGAAGUGCUCCAGAAUACAUACGCUGAGGAUACCCAGUGAACUGCUGAAGUCGGAGAAAUUUUCGGAGGCAGUGUCUCAUCUGCAGCACCUCCGUGUGCUGAAUGUGGUCCUACGCUUCACAAAAAGCACUCCCGUACUGCGACCCUUGGGGGACGGGUGCCCGCAACUGGCCGAGGUUGACUUGAGAUCCACAGUUGUUGAUAUGGACGAUCUGAGAUGCUUUCUAAAUGCCAAGAGGAACACCCUUAAGUCCAUACGCAUAAAAUGGACAAUGGCUGGAAAAAAGUGUGUUCUACCAUUGCUGACAGUCUGUGCUGACAGCUUGGAGUGUCUGCAACUUUACGGUUAUGACAUAGUCCGCGAUGACGCGAGGGAGGCUUUUACUGCCCUGGGACGUCUGAAGAACUUGAAGGUACUUAAGAUGGCGAUCAUCAAACCGGCACCACCAGGCACAGCUGCUCUGGCAUUUACGGACGGUGGACUGCCAAAACUGAGGCUUCUGGACCUACGAGGAGGCUACGGUCUGGAUGAUGACACAGUAAUUGCCAUCAGUCGCGGGUGUCCCGCUUUGCGGGAACUCAUUGUCAGAGGUUGUCAUUUGCUAUCUGAUGCCGCCUUCUCUCAGAUCUACCAUUUGGAACAGCUUGAAAUACUGGACGUAUCGCGCUGCAGAGGUCUCGAUGGAGCCCUGGUCCCGUACCUUGCUGGGUUACCACGACUUCACACAUUGCUUAUGGAAAAUAUGGAUUUUCCAAAGUUGCAACCAGGUCUGAGCAGUAUCCUUGAAAUGUCCAGUUUGCGCUGCCUGAAACUCGACCAUUCCCUUGUUACUGGAGUGCCAUUUGAUAAGUUUCCAGGAAAGCUUGUCGGUCUCAGGGACCUGAGUAUUGCCUGGUGUCGAGGAGACCUUAAAGCUACAGAUGGGCUGGCCGAGUGGAUGCCCAAUCUUGAAAUCCAUGGCAAAGCUGAAGUAGAGGAACAUACUGUAGGCACAGAGGAACUUGAGAGUGGGGCAACAGUAUGGAGAUUGACAAAGACUGUGAUUGUGACAAUAGCAGUAACAUUGAUAGUGACAGUGAUAACAUUAUGUGGGAUGAAAGUGGUAAAUCUCUUAUCUUCCUAGAGGAUGUACAAAAGUGAUGUGAUAUUUAUAGGGAACUACAACUCUCAAUACUGGUAGCAUUUCAGUUGGAACUGUGUAACUCGACCAGAAUUUGAUACUCCCCAACUGUCAUUACUGGAACAUAUGUCAUAGUGGACUGCCGAAUGCUGUGAAACUAGUCAUGUAUUUCUGUAACAUUGUGAUUACAUUGGCUUUUCUGUAAAGUCAUGCUAACAGUGGCAAAAACUCUUCUGAAGAAAGGUAAUUGUAAAUCAUUUAGGAAAUGUGUUGUUGCAGAUUAAUUCAUGUACAUCACUGUUGUUUGAGCUUCCACUGUAAUUACAAUGGAAGUCCCAUCUUCAAUUUUUAACCUUAUAAAUAAAAAAAUAAUUUUAAAUUCAGUGCAUUAAUGUGAUCUUAGUAAAUGAGAGUUGUAAAAUGACCCUUUCAUAUAGCGUUCAAAAAAAAAAAAAAAAAAAAAAAAAAAAGGUACAUUAGCUUAUUUGUUUUUGUUGUAAAUAUUUGUCAUGUAUUGUUGUUUUGCAUUAUUAGCCUUACUACCAGAUUUCAUUGUCAGCCUUGUUGUGUUUUUGUGUGUGCUGUUUAUGGGAUGUUCCAGUUUUUUGAAUUUUUUUUGUUUACGUACCUGUGCCAAAGAAGAAAGUUCUAGUGAACCAUGGACAGAAACAUCACCUCCCUGUUGUAAGCCUAAAACGGGCAAGACAACCCAACCAUAUGUGAUGUUUUAAUUGAAUGGAAUGAGGCACUGAGAAUGAUAAGAGCCCAAAACACAAAAACAAAGUUUUGAGAAGAAUAGAUGUUUAUGAAAAUCAAAUUUGUAAGUAAAUCACCACUCUCAUAGGUCUGAACUGUUUUUAAGGUUCCGUGCUUCAAUCGGUAAAAGCAGAGCCUGGGAGAAUUGCCUUGGUGUCUGUGUCUGUCCAACUGCUGUCCAGAACCCUUUAUCUCUUGAAGAGGUUGGCAUAUCAAAUUCAAAUUUGUCACUUACCAAGACCUGUGGUCCCUUGGCAGUGUAAAAAAUUUAAGCUUCUAAGUUCAUUCAGUCAAAAGAUAAGGCCACUUUAGAACAGUCCUACAUACAAACAUAAAAUGCAAGUUUUAGUCAUGUUUUGGUAAGUAAAUAAAAUCAUUAUAUUAAAUCUUUUACAUCUACUUGUAUGAACUGAAGCCCACUACUGUGGAGAUUUUGAUACAGUCUUGGAAUUCCCGGAACUGCUGUCUUGCCAGUAUCUACAAGGGUCAUUUGAAAAGUCCAUGCAAAGUCUGAGAGAUGGCACCACUGGUGCUAUCGAGGUCAUGUUUAGUGAGUAGCAUCUUUGGAAAGAACGCAUACGAAGUUUCAACCAUAUUGGUCUAUUUCUUUGUGUUUGGCAUUCAUGUGAAUCAAGGAAGUUGAGUGAUUGUCAAAAAAUGGACGAAAAAGAAUUUUGUGUGGUGAUUAAACAUUACUUUAUGAAAGGCAAAAUGCCUCAGGAGGCUAAAGAGAAGCUUGAUAAACAUUACGGUGACUCUGCACCUUCCGUCGCCAUAUGGGCACAAGUGAUGCUGAACAUUCUGGAUGCCCCGUGGAGGUUACGAAUCCGGAAAUCAUUGAUAAAAUCAAUGGAUGACAGAAGAGUUAAGGUGUGUGAGACUGCUAGUGCUGUGCAUCUCGAACAGGUACAUAACAUUUUGCAUAAACAUUUGGACAUGAGAAAGCUAUUCGCAAGAUGGAUUCUGUGACUGCUCACACUUGACCAAAAACGGAAUCGUGUGAAGUGUUGCAAGGAUGGUUCGCAGCUGUUCAGGAAGAACCUGCAUUACUUUAAGCAUCAUUUAACACUGUGGAUGAAACAAGGAUACAUUACCAUACUCCUGAGACCAAACAACGAUCUAAACAAUGGGUUACCAAGGGAGAAUCUGCACCAAAAAAGGCGAAGACUAUUCCUUCGGCCAGAAAGGUUAUGGUGCCUGUCUUUUGGGAUUGGCAAGGGAUAAUCCUCAUCGAUUAUCUGGAAAAGGGUAAAACUAUUACAGCUGAAUAUUAUUCAAAACCGAGUUGCAAGAAAAAUGCUAGCGAUUGGACUGCAAAAAAGUCGUUUUCUAUCACUACAGUGCACCAGCACACACCUCAGCAGUUGUGGUCGCAGAAUUAAUGGAAAUAGGAUUCCAACUCAUUUCACAUCCUCCCUAUUCUCCAGACUUGGUUCCCUUGGGCUUCUGUUUGUUCCCCAAUUUGAAGACAUGUCUGGCGGGACAAAGAUUUUAUUGAAACGAGGAGGUGAUUGCAGCAACUAAUAGCUAUUUUGCUGUCUUGGACAAUUCCUAUUAUUGGAAGGGAUCAACAAAUUAGAACAGCAUUGGAUGAAGUGUAUAAGUCUAAAAGGAGACUAUGUCAAAAAAUAAAAAAGGCUUACCCCAAACACGUAAGUUUUUUUUUAUUUUAUUUAUUUUUUUUUUUCCCCCAGACAUUUCAAACGCCCCUCAUACAUAAAAAUUCUCAAGAUGGAUGAACUAUAUUUAUAUACAUAAUGAAGUUUGAGUGGAACACUCAGUGCACGGGUCCUGCUCGUGUUGCGUCAGUUUUUUAAUUAAAUCUCAACAUUCUAUAUUUUCUGUUGAAAAACAUAAUGUACCCACUUUGUUAUGAAAUAUUAAAUUAUUUGGGACAAUUAUAUUCAUUGUUAAUAUUAAUUAAUGAAAGUUUGUUAUGUAGGCUAGUGAUAAUGUGUCCUAUGACAGUUGUAAAGUUUGUAAUUAAUGUCAAACCAGAACCAUAAUAUAAAGAAGAGAUACU